AACCAGGGCGAGGCUCUGGUCUGACUAGAGGAUAGAGCAGACUAUCCUAUAUCCUAAGGAGGAAGUGGAUAGGCUAUAAGACGUUCCAAGACACUCUGAAGAGUCUUGAAGUGAUAUUGUCUAGCCAGGGAUCCUGGCAGCCCUGAAGGAUAGGCAACAGGGUCGGCCAUAUUGUGUGUUAGUGGUGGAUAGUGUAGCAGAGUGAAGACCAUCCGCAGCAGAGAACUAUUCCCCCCCUCUCCUAUCACUGAGACUAGUACCCCUCACAGGGUAACACGUUAGUUAGUCUCUGCCCCUCCCCACUAUCACCCCCCUCACGCACGGUGCAAUCUUGCGUGUGAGGGAGGUACAGUCAGACAGUCACGGCUGACGGAAGACAGUCACUGCUGACGGGAGGCACUAUCAGUUCUGACACUCCAUGGCUGAUCACUCCUCCGUCAGCCGCAUCAGCAACAUGGUCAGCCUACACGAUGACGGGCCAAGGAUACAGGCCGUGCACCCAGUAUCGACGCCAGGAGUGGUGGGUGUGAGCGUGGGAGCCGCAGUGCUGGUGCUGGUAGUGGGUGCACUGGCCUGGGCCUGCUACAGAAGGAGAGGUACCCACAAGAAGCUCGGAGAUCGCACCGUCACUCUCAGGAGACCUACAGCAGUGAAGAAUCCACAGCCACAGAGCCACUAUCUCAAGAAGUCCCCCUCACCCACGGGGCCCAAGACUCCCCCAGGAGGAAAGUCACCAGGGGGAGGCAAGACUCCCCCAGGAGCCCGGACACCCACCGGUGGUGGCUUACCCCCAGGAAGCUGCGUGGGUAGCCUCACCACAGCCUCCGCAGCAACUACCCGCCACUCCUCUCCUGCACACCAGGCGUUCUCAGAGUGUAUGGGUGAUGUUGGUCAUGGAGGAGAUAGCGAACAAGUGAGCUACGAGAACGAACAAGACAAGCCUAGCACACCGUCCAAGGAGGAAGUGGAACUCAACCAACGCAACCUGACCAAAGAAACAACACCAACACGUCUUGGUAAACUACACUUCAAGCUCAGGUAUAACUUCGAUAAAAACGCUCUAGUGGUGACAAUCGUCAAGUGCACAGGUCUGCCAGCUAAGGACCCAGCCCUCACCUCCAGCGACCCCUACGUCAAGUUGCAGCUGCUGCCAGAGAAACAACACAAAGUGAAGACUCGUGUGCUACGCAAGACACUCAACCCAGUCUACGACGAAGACUUUACCUUCUACGGUAUCAACUACUCUCAGCUCCAGGUGAUCACUCUACACUUCGUGGUACUCAGCUUCGACAGGUACUCCCGUGACGACAUUAUUGGUGAGGUUGUGUCACCUCUGGCUCAGCUCGACCUCUCCAACACUGAGACCUCCCUCAGCCUCGCCAGGGAGAUAACCCCGCGCUCCCUCAAGAUCCGUUCGCAGGGCCGCGGAGAGCUGCUUGUGUCCUUGUGUCACCAACCUGCGGCCAACAGGCUCACAGUCGUGGUCCUCAAGGCGAGAAAUCUACCUAAGAUGGAUAUCACCGGCCUCUCAGAUCCCUACGUGAAGAUCUACCUGCUGUACAACGGUCAACGGGUGGCCAAGAAGAAGACUCACGUUAAGAAGCGGACAUUAAACCCAGUAUUCAACGAGUCCUUCGUGUUUGACCUGCCCGCCGGAGUGGACGGUCUGGACAGCAUUAGUUUGGAGUUCCUGCUGCUGGACUGGGACAGAGUCACCAAGAAUGAGGUGAUUGGUCGGCUAGAGUUGGGCGGAGCCAGGGCAGCGUGCGGCUCAGCCAAUCACCACUGGAGUGAAGUUGUGACGUCACCGCGACGCCAGAUUGCGGAGUGGCACAAGUUAAGGGAAUAAGCUGAAACUAGUGUUAAUAACAAUGUAGCUGACACCUAUGUUAACAUUAGCUGACAGCGUAGCUGACACCAGCGUUAACAACUGUAGUUGACACUAGUGUUAAGUGUAGCUGACAGUGUUAACAACACUAGCUGACACUGUUAACAGUGUAGCUGACACUGUGUUAACAGUGUAGCUGACACUGUUAACAGUGUAGCUGACACUGUUAACAGUGCAGCUGACACUGUUAACAGUGUAGCUGACCGUGUUAACAACAGUUUAGCCGACACAGUGCUAACAUUGUAGCUGACACCAGUGUUAACAGUGUAGCUGACACCCGUGUUAACAGCAGUGUAGCUGACACUGUCAGGAAGGGUGUGGGUCCCCCGUAACAUGAACCAAAAUAACCAGCCAGGAACAAAUUUCGUGAUACUCGCUGGCCAGGAGGAACCUGGCUGGGUACUACCCAACCUUAACUUGUCAUAAAAAGAACCACAACUUCAAUCUUGGAACUGAAAUUAAUGUUAUCUCGCGCUGUACUUUGCUUGCUUGCAACCGUCUUGGUGGAUGAUCUGAGAGUUGUGCUGACCAUGUUCAUGUAUAUGUGUUUGUACAGCUUAUUAAGCAGUUUCGCUAAGGUCACAGCCUAGUGCUGAGGUCACGACCUAGCCCAGCUAACCAGAGCUGUCGGCUACAGGAGCUGGAAGAAAUAUUAAAUGAUCUCCGCCGCUGACUUUUGACUUGUGGGUGAUCUAUCAGGCUACUCUGCCCAUCUCAAAACUUAUACCCUGGCUAAAUGAGUGUUGUUAUCUAAGUUACAGUCUUACAUUAAGUAAACUUUCAAUGAUAUUGACUUACAGAGUCUGAUCUAUUGUAUUUAUCUAAGUAUGCCAUGACCAACUCCGGGUAACAGCCUAGUCUGAUCUUGCCUCAUCUCUAUCGCGCUCACUGUAAGCUAGACAAUAAAUAUUUUUCCUAUCUUAAUACCGUGACUGAGGUUAUUCCCUACCCGCAAGGCCAAAUGUUGGUAGUGAGUUGUGUUGGUAGUGUAUACAACGCGUUGAAGACAUUCACUUCUAACUUGUCGCUUUGUUUUCUCGCCUUGCUACACUUCUUGUAUGUCUCCACUUACAAACCCAGAAAGGUAAAUUCUGAUCUUUUGUGGAAAUAUAUAACUUAAAAGAUGAUUUUACAGUUACAACACUAAAUGUGUAGGGAUAUAUAUAUAUAUAUAU